AUGCCCCCCAGCACAGUCGCAACAUCCGCCCCGGGCAAAGUCCUCCUGGCAGGAGGCUACCUCGUCCUAGACAGGAAGCACACCGGCCUUGUAUUCGGGCUGAGCGCUCGGAUCAACGUGGUCACGUCGCACAUUCCCACGAUCGAGGGCGUGGAGCUGAACGAGAUUGUCGUCGAGAGCCCGCAGUUUGUGGAUGCGCAGUGGCGGUAUGGCUAUCGGGCUUCGACGGAUGGUGUCAAGGUUACACAGCUUCAGGUCGGUCCUGAACUCAAAGCCAACCCAUUUGUAGAGACCACUCUGUCCUACGCCCUCAGCUACAUCCACCACGUCGGCAAGAAGGACAUGUCCCCAGCCAAGGUGACCAUCCUCGCAGACGACGACUACUACUCCAAUCCCGGGACCGCCACGACGUCCAAGGGUGAGCGCUUCGUCAGCUUUGGCGUCCCCCUCAGCGGCGCGCACAAGACGGGGCUGGGAUCGUCGGCGGCGCUGGUGACGUCCCUGACGGCGUCCCUGCUGUCCUACUACCUGACCUUGGACCUGGAUACGGACCGGGGCCGCCGCACGCUGCACAACCUCGCGCAGGCGGCGCACUGCGCGGCCCAGGGCAAGGUGGGGUCGGGGUUCGACGUCGCGGCGGCCGUGUACGGGUCCUGCCUGUACAGGCGGUUCUCGCCGGACGUGCUGUCGGCGGUGCCCGAGGCCGGCAGCCCCGGCUUCGCGGAGAGGCUGGCGGCCGUGGUGGACGACGCGGCCGGCGACGUCUGGGACGUCGAAGUGGCGGGUGGGGACGUGCGGCUGCCACCGGGUGUGGUCCUGCGCAUGUGCGACGUCGACUGCGGCAGCCAGACGGUCGGCAUGGUGAAGAAGGUCCUCACGUGGAGGGGUCACGAACCCGACGCCUCGGCCAGGCUGUGGGGUGAACUGCAGACCCGCAACGAGGACCUCGCCGCCGCCCUGCGCGAUGGCGGAGACAGGGGCGAGGAGCAGGUGGCCGGGGUGCUCUCCCAGAAGCUGGAGGCUGUUCGGAGGCUGGUCCGCGACAUGGGCGCCCGGAGCGGCGUGCCCAUCGAGCCGGAGAGCCAGACGAGGCUGCUCGAUGCCCUGGGCGGGGUGGACGGCGUGUACGGCGGGGUGGUCCCCGGCGCCGGGGGGUAUGACGCCCUGGCUCUGCUGAUGAGAGAUGAUGAGGCGACGAAGAAGCGUGUCGACGACUUCCUGGAUGGAUGGUCGCGUGAUCAUGAUGAUUCCAAGGUCAAGCUUCUCAAGGUCAAAGGUGAGGUGGAGGGUGUGAGGAAGGAGGAACUGGAUGUUUAUGCCGGAUGGCUGUGA